CUAGAUCCGGACUUUGCUGCAUAACCUAUGCCCGUAUGAUUUUGUUGAUAAUACACUUACAAUUUAAACAAAUAAACACCAACUAAAAUAAGUUUGGAGUUAAUAUUCAGGACGUCCUAGACUCCAUGAAGAUCUAAUUUUAAAAUUGAAAGAUAAAAUGAAAUAUAAAAGUACUAGAGGAGGAAAUUGUGGAUUAAGUUUCCAAGAUGCUCUGUAUACAGGUUAUGCUGCUGAUGGAGGAAUAUUAGUUCCUGAAAGUAUACCCGUUUUAGAUAUGGAAACGCUCAGGUCAUGGGCAUCAUUGUCAUACAUUGAUUUAGCAAAGAAAAUAGUGCCUAUGUUUGUUGACGAACUUGAAAUACCAGCAUCAGAUUUAAAUGAUCUUUUAGACAAAGCAUUUGCAAAGUUUACUCACCAAGAGAUAGCCCCAAUACAACGUCUUAAAAAUGGUCUGAAUAUAAUGGAACUGUUUCAUGGUACAACUUGGGCUUUUAAAGACUUAGCGCUCUCGUGUGUAGGACAGUUUUUGGAAUAUUUUCUGUCGAAACAGAAGAAGCACUUGACAAUUGUUGUUGGAACCUCCGGUGACACCGGUAGUGCAGCAAUAGAAGCCGUUAAAGGGUUCGAAUACGUUGACAUCAUUGUACUCCUACCAAAAGGUCGAUGUUCCAAGGUCCAGGAACAACAAAUGAUUACAGCUGUUGAAAAAAAUGUACAUGUAUAUAGAGUGGAAGGCACAUCAGAUGAUCUUGAUAUUCCAAUCAAAGAAAUCUUCAAAGACGUUGCUUUUACAAAAAAGCACAAUUUAUCGUCUAUCAAUUCAAUAAAUUGGUCCAGAAUAAUGGUACAAAUAGUUCAUUAUAUCUUUGGCUAUUUACAGAUGUGUCCACGUUGUGACGGAGAGGUUGAAAUAAUAGUGCCAACUGGAGCAUGUGGAAACAUAACAUCUGGGUUUAUAGCCAAACUAAUGGGUGUUCCAAUCAAAUUUGUCUGUGCUGUUACACAGAAUGACAUUGUUGCCCGGGCGAUAACCAAAGGUGAUUAUUCAAUGUCAGAUACUGUUAUUCCUACACUUGCUCCAGCUAUGGAUAUACAGAUUCCAUAUAAUAUGGAAAGGUUGUGGUACCUGAUAACACGAGACAGUGAACUGAUUUGUAAAUUGAUGACCGAGUUUGAAUCCAAUGGUAAAGUCGAGAUCCCAAAUUUCUUGAAAAAUCAGAUAAAAGAAAUAAUCGUAGCAUCAUAUGUAGCUGACAAUGAAGACAUUAAGACAACAAUGAGAAGGACAUGGGAAGAGAAUCAGUACCAAAUAUGUCCACAUACAGCCAUCGGUGUAGCUUAUUACAAUAGCACGCUUAAAUCAGACCAUCAAAGAACAAGUGUAGUUAUUGCAACGGCUUCUGUGAAGAAGUUUGAAGAGGCUGUUGUUGCUGCGGGUUUAACGCCACAAAAGUAUGAAGAAGUGGAUGUUUUAUUCACCAGACCUGUCAAAUACACAGACAUGAACAAAGGAGAGAAUUGGGAACGUAUCAUUAGGGAUAAAAUUGAAGAAAUUGAUAGAUGAAUUUAAGUUAAUGGUCACUGCAUGAAGACGUUAUUAAUGUUGUACAACGUUGUAAAGACACUACCUUCCUACUAUGUAGGAUACAAUAUUUAAUGUUUUCAUUCAGAUUAAAUACCAAAUAAAUUUUUGUGAUGCAUAUAUUAA